AUGAUAAAAUGUGUAAGGGACAGAAAGCAGAGGAGAGGCCUUUUUUUCUGGUGCCAUAAGAGAAGCGUGUUUGUGCCAAGUGAGAGGGAUGUUGCAAAAUUAUCAGCCAAGAGCCUAGGCAAUUAUGCAUUCGACAUUUUAAGAAUAUCGAACGAAAAUAAAGCCAUGUACGAAAUGUUUAAGAAAAGAAUAAACGAUGAAAUAGGUUCAUUCGACGCAAAGGAUUGUUAUAGGGUGUUAAAAUCUUUGGAAAUAAACAACAAGCUGAAUGAAGAAGAAGAUAUGGUAAAGAAUGUUCUGCAUCAGAUAUCUGUACACACAUGGAAAUAUUCAAUCAAAGAGAUAUGUGACAUUUCUUUUUUAUGUUCCAAGUUAAAUUUGGUGUACAUUCCCCUGUAUGCAUCCCUAUCCAUUUCGUUUUUGAACAAAAUCAACUUGGCAACCCCUGAAAAUUUAUCCAUUUUAAGUUUAAGUUUUUGUAAAGUGCAAAUAAGAGAUGUAAAUCUGUUUAACCGAAUAGCCAUUGCAACGUUGAAUUUGUUACACAUAUUUGACGUGGAGAAUUUGGUCAAUGUGCUGAUUUCGCUUGCCUACUUGGACAUUAAAAAAGACAUGCUAUUGUACUCAUCUGUGGACAUUUUUGUAAAAAAUAAAAACAAGUUGAAUGGUGAUCAGCUGGUAAAAAUUGCACACGUAUAUUCCAAGUUCGACUUUGUAAGUAAAGACAUAAACUCCCUACUUGUGGGGAGAAUUCCCGCGUUCGUUUCGCACUUAAACAAUGUCCAGCUGGCCGAGUUAACAAUUUCGUUAAACAGGCUGGGAGUUCACUCGCACGAUACUGAUAAAUUUGUUACCAAUGUGAACUUGUCCCACUUAGCAUUCCCUGUUGCCAUAAAAGUGAUGAAAAUAUUGUCCAGCGUAAAUAGAGUACACCGCGUACAUCACGUCAACGUCGAGUUUAAGUACGACCAAAUUUUGUCCUGUGUGCAAAAUUUUUUAUUUAUUCAUGGGAGGGGAAAUCACCUGAACGGCAAGGUGAAUUUUGACACUUUGCACGAUUGGAAGAAAUAUCCCCAUUUAGGGAGCGACAGCAGGAGUGACUGUACAAGUGACGGCAGGAGUAACAGCAGGAAUGCUUUCCUCACCGAUGUGGUUAGUAAGAAAACGGCCGAACAGGGCACUGAGGGUGGCAACCCAUCGGCGGAUGACGAAUGGGAGGAGCCAUUUCGACUAGGCCACCUUACCAGUGAGUACAGUCCCAUUCAUGAUGUGCAGAGCAGUUCUCAGUUUUACUUCCCAGUUUUGGAUCACACCUUAAACAAACCCAAUUCCUGCGGAAGCGAAAUGGAGAGCCGCGUUUUUUCUGAAGAAGAAAUAACCCAGCACUAUCUGCGGUACAAUUUGAAGCAGAAAAUAAAUCCCAAUUCGGUGUGCCAUUUGAAUGUAGACCUAUUUGAAUGUCUGGUGAAUUUCCUUCUACAAAAUUGUGUAAGUGAGUAUGAAGAAAAGUUGAAAUAUUUUUUAAAUUGCAUAAGUCGAGAAAUUAUUCUUUCAAAAGAGUACUUAAAUUUCAAUUGCCUAAUAAAAAUUUUUUCCGCCUUAUUUAAAACUCCAAUCAUAUGGAACUUGUCACUUUUAAAUUGGAGUUCCGUCAAUUGUGCCAAGGGGAGGAAGAAGUGCCUAUUUUAUAUCAACGAAGAUACUGAUUUUUAUGAACAAUUAUUGCAGCGCUAUUUUUGUAUUUUCCACUCAUCUGAGAAUGCCGAUAAUCACAGCUUGGUUCUAUGCUUUGUGGUGAAUCUGUUGAAUGGUGAGGUGAAGCAUGCGCACAGAACGUCAAUAGAAAAGUGCUUAGAGCAUUACGCGUCGGUAAGGAGGAAGGGUAAAGACGAACAGGUCGGCUACCCCAUAGAGGACCAAAGUGUGUAUACUUUUGUGGAGUAUUUUUGCAAGGGUAUCACCCUGUGGGGGAAAAGCAAGCACCGAUUCGAUGCAGCUGUGGAGGAGGAAGCGGCUCCACCAGAGGAAAACUCACCCUUGGUGUAUACCUUCCCCUACGCGAUGAGGGACAGCGUGCCAAAUAAAAUUCUCACUUUAGAAUUAUUUAGAAUUGUUCAAAAUUUUACGAAAAAUGUGAAGCAGAACUUUAAGGAGGACGCGUACACAAUAUCGCUGUUCGAGUUUGACAACUAUGUGGCUUACUUAUUUUUGGAGCCGCAGGAUUUUUUCUACUCCCCGUGGGAAAGGACAGAGUUGGACUUGUUAAGGAGAGUCAGUGUGCGGAAUGAAGUCAGGGAAGAGGCGCCUCAGUCCGCUGAAUCUUCUGACAUGAAAAACGAGGGGGGGGGAGGUACCCACCCAGUUGGAGUGCCAAAAACGCAGGAAGGGAGCGGUACCCCCCAAGGUGGAAAUGCGCAGACAGAAAAGCAGCAGCUGCUUCUAAUUUGCGACAUGUCGUACAACCCGUAUGAAAUUUUUCAGAACAAUAAUUAUUUCGUUAAGUCGGAGACAUUAGUAAAAAUAAAUUACUUGCUGAUUAAGGGAUACAGUAUAAUCGCCAUUCCGUUUUAUUCCUGGAGGUGCAUGAGUUACGAGGAAAAGCUGGGCUCCAUUAGGGCGCUUCGGCACAGCAUCUUGGACGGGCAGGGUUGA